AUGCCUCGUGCACGUUCCGUCAUGCGCGACCCCAUUGAUCUGGCUGCGAUAAGGCGUCAGGCAUUUCUUCAACGAGUCAACAAUCGACACCGUAAACUUAUCCAAAGAAUAACUUCAAUCAUCAAACCGGAUGGUAGAGACCUAUUGACCAAAGACGAGGCCCGAACCUGUGUCCAAUUUAUAUGCAUGGAGAUCAGACGCAUCGAGAAACAAGGUACUGAAGGCAAAAUAGAAAUCUUUCUAGAUUUAUCUCAGAUCCUCGACAAUAUUUUCCAUCGCGAUACCAUAGAGUCCCAACUAUGGUGGAUCCUCAAACGCUACAAGGUCUUCAAGAGCAUGCCAUCGGAUAGGCAAUGCCGAUACCUGACCGAACUCAUCGAAUGGCGUAAUAAAGUUGGAAAACAUGACGGUCUAUACCUGGCAUACUUUCUCCCUGGAAUCCAGAUCUUUGAUACGCUCUCUUAUGACCAUCGCUAUCUUUCGAGUAACGAGAAUAACUGGUUCAUUUGGUGGUUUACUUCAAGACAGCAUGGGUCUGUCCGGGUUGACUGUAACAGAACACAGAGAGUUAUAGAUGAAGAUCGACAGUUUUUAAGAAAGCUGAAGGUUGGCAAGAAGGGAAAAAUUUAA